AAAACAGAGGAAAUGAAAAUGAAGUAGAACCCUAUGUAUUUUCCCCCUUUCAUCUGUAAUUUUUAGCAUCAAACUCAAAACACAAACAGAACAAUUGUCCUCUUCUGGUGCUCUUUCGGCCCGCCGCGGCUGCCGCUGAUUUCUUCCGCCGCCGCCGCUGAUGCCAGUGCUGUCUUUUUCCGUUCCCUGCGAUUCAUACUUUUAGAUUGUAGAUUUUAUUAGUUGACGUCGAUGAUCAAAGAAAAACAAUGCAUCAUCAAUAACAACGAUACCCUCGUUUUAAGCAAUUACAACAUUAGUAAUAUUACUGCUUCCAUUAACGCAUAGCAGCUCUGUAACAUCAUUUUGAAUUGGUCUGUUUGUAGAAGUUGUUAACUUUUUGGGGUUGACAGUAAUCAGCUGCAUCCUGCUGCCGCACUCUCAAAAGUGAGCGACAGGGAAACCCAACUUCAUUGUCGGAAAUAUUAUGGCAGGUGAUGGAAGUAAGAAAGGAAGUGAAGCAUCAUCGGUUCCUCCUCGAAAAAUUAAUGUCCAAAAAUUUGCAGAAUCACGUGCUUCUGAGCUGGAAACACUUCAUUCAAUUGUAUCAAACAGAUUAAAUAAUGAUUUUACGUCUAGAAGAAACAAGAGAAGAAGAACUACUUCAUUUGAUAAUCAAGCUGCAAAGAAGAGACAUCGUAAAAAGAGGAAAUUCGGAAUUGUCGCUGUUAAUAAAAGAAGUGCUGCUGAUGCUGCUGCAGUUUCUGACCAAGAAAAAAUUAAAGUUCCACCUCGUCAUAUUCGAAGGAGAGUUGAGCUUAGAAAGAAUCCUGGAAGUGGUUUUUCUACUUCUGGAGAUGGAACAAAGAGGCUGAGAACACAUAUUUGGCAUGCAAAACGGUUUACUAUGACUAAGCUUUGGGGUUUUCACCUUCCUUUAGGUUUGCAGGGCAGAGGAAGGGGCUCUAGAGCUUUAUUGAAGUGGUACAAGCACGGAGCUGUUAUGCAUGAUGCUAGCUAUUGUUCUGCCCUCCAGUUGGAGGGUCAUGAGGAUGCAUUAACAUCAGUAUUGAAGAUGGUGCUGGAGCCUUGUCCAUCCGCUCAAUCUGAGGAAAUCACUAAUGCCACUGUAUCUGGUGCUAUCUAUGGCUCAGCAAUGCUUCAUCAUGUUGGAGCGCCCAUCUCUCAGCUGAUAGCUCCUGUGACCUAUAUGUGGCAACCUAUUCAUCUUGGGGAUGAAGAAAAUAGUGGUCAUGAAUAUAAGUCUGGUGGAUGUAAUUCUCCACAAAGCUCUGAAUCUUGUUCACAUCGCCGGCUUUGGGUGUGGAUACAUGCUUCAGCUUUUAGCGAGGCAUAUGAUGUUCUAAAGUUUGCAUGUCAGAAACAGAUGAAUGAGAGUGGCAUUUUGAUCAAUUGUUUUUCACUUGAAGGUCAACUUGCCAAGUUAGAGGUAAUGGGCUCAAAGGCAUUUCAACUUCUUCAAAAGAUAUUACAUCCUGUUUCUUGUACUUCAAAUAAUUCAGGGACUUUGAAGACAUGUGCUGCUAGAGAGGCAGACCCUGAAUUAAAGAAGCCUUCUCUACUUCAAAUUGAUGAGAAUGUUUCUCCUUGUUCUAUUUUAUCUUUUAAUGUCAGGGAUCCUCGAGCAUUGCCUCAGAAAAGGAUUGCUGAUAUUCAUUUGGCAGUUCCUACGGCUGUAAAUUCUGUGCCAGAUUUUAAAACUGGGAAGGAUGUUGCGGUAUCUGGAAGUCUCGAUAAGGUGGAAGCCUUGGGUUCACCAUCAUGCUCAAAGCCUGAAGGGGAUAGCAAUCUCUUUAACAACAUGAAUCUGUGGGAUGCUAGAAGCAGAGUAACUCUUCCAGUGGAAGAGAAUGUUCUUUGCUUGGAAAAACAUCAUUUGCGCAUGGAUUUUAUUUGCCUUGAUGAUCCGAAAUCAAGGACGCUGAGUUCUUCAGCUGAGGUUCAAAGAUCUUGCCCUAUUAUGCUUCUCAAAAACAAUAAUCAAAUGGGCUCGUUCAUGGGAUGGUCAAUUAUAGUCCCUUUAUCCUGGGUCAGGGUCUUUUGGAUUUCUCUCAUCUCCAAGGGAGCUCAUGCAAUAGGUCUAAGAGAGAAGCAAUGGGUUACGUGUGAAGUUGGAUUGCCAAUCUUUCCUGCAGACUUUCCUGAUAGUAAUGGAUACUGGUCUUCUAUGGAAACUGUAAAUGCCACCCUGGACCAAAAGGCUGAACAACAGCCUCCUGCUGUAAGGCUUUCGAAAGUGCCCAUUCCACCGCCUUGGACUAGUGUCCAUGUUUCUGUUGACAAGGGGUUGUUUGCAGUGCAAGGCACGUCAAUUUGUAGCGUAAAAGAUAUGGUUGAGUGCAAUUUAUCAUUGAAUUCCAGAUAUGAAAUUAGCAACAAUACAUCAACCAGUGUUAGUAACUUAUUUAAUGGAAUCAUAGCAAGGACAUCACUUGUAUUGACAGAUUUCUUAAAAGAAGUUGAUGCUUGUCAGUUACUUUUAUUUCCUCAAGUUCCAAAUGGGAAGAGGUUUGCCGAGUUGAUGAUGGAUGAAAACAGGUGUGCCAACAUUAAAAAUGAGAGUUCCGGAAUCACUUAUGACCGAAAAUUAUGUUUCGUUAGAGUUCUUCUCCAUGCAUACAAGGAAGGUGUUUUUGAGGAGGGGGCGAUUAUAUGUGCACCGUGUCCUAGUGAUGUAUCACUCCUCACUUCCAGGUCAGAAGAAGGUGAGGCUGGAAUUCAAAUUCCCGAGUCUUCCGUUCGGUCAUACUUCACAGAGCAAGCUUCUGGUAGAUGGGAGCUCCAGUUACCAGAGAGCAUUGCUGCUAGAGAAACUUAUCGAUGGCCCAUUGGAUUUGUCACCACAGGAUUUGUUCGAGGGAGCAAGAAGCCGGUGGCAGAGGCCUUAUGUGAAGCAGUUGUAUUAGCUGGGCUAAGGGAAGAGCAGUGGAAUGCAACAGCUGUGAAGCAUAGGAAGAAGGAAAUAUAUGUGCUUGUGAGAAACAUGAGAUCUUCAAAAUAUAGACUUGGUCUUGCAUCAAUUGUUCUGGAGCAACAAGAAGAUUUGGAGUUCUUGUGAAAUGUUUCGACUAUUGUCGUUUUUGACAUGUAUGAUGACUAUUGUCGUUCAUCUAUUUCUUGCAAUCUUAAUAGUUAUGCAGAGUCAGAGAUGAAGUUUGACAGAUUUUGUUCGACGCAUAAGAUAGCGAAAAUACAUAGAUGAAAUUUUGAUCCGCUCAA